CCGGUGACACUCCGCGUUCCCCUUCCGCUCUCGCGCAUCUGGGAUCGAGAAAACAAUAAUCCUCUCGUCGUCGGCGACUCCCAAAUUACCACCUCGCCCCCAAUCGUCUUCGGCUCAGAUCGGCGUCGCGAGGCGUACCAGUCCCAGAUCGUCGGAGCACCGGGUUCGCGGCGAGCCGACGGCAAAGAUUAUGGAGACGCCGCCGCCGUUCCAGGAAUCCGCCCACUGCGACGUCUGCCGCUGCACCUUCUCCACUUUCCGCCGCCGCCACCACUGCCGCAGCUGCGGGAGGACGCUCUGCCACGAGCACUCUUCGUACCACAUGGCCCUGCCGCAGUACGGGAUUUACACGGACGCCAGGGUCUGCUAUGAGUGCUUCAACAAAUCAUCAUCCAGACGCGGGGGUGUUGAUAAUGCGAGUUCUGCCGGGAGCGUUUCUGGUGCUGCAGACUCCUUUUCAGGGCUAAAUUUGGAUAAAGAUGAUGAUUCGUUGCCCACGAAAAGUUCGGCGGUUCAGAGUCCAGCUGCCAUUAUCGAGUGCAAAUGCGGGAUGCCAUUGUGCAUAUGCGAGGCACCAAAACUAGAACCUGCGCCUGUAAAGCAGAAUAUCAGUGCCGCUUCGUCAGCUGCGCAAUCAAACCCAAAGCCUAAAAAACCUUCUAGCAACCAGCAGUCAGCUGAAUUAAGCUUGAAGAAGGCUUCAGCUACUUCCAGCAGCAACUCAAGCUCAUUCUUAAAUCUUGGCCUGAUGAGCAACGAUAGCAAUGAUAAGACUCCGUCUGACUAUGAAGUUACUGGAGAGGGACUGAGAGAAGCGAUUAAGGGUGGGGAUAUUAAAGCUGUGAAGAAACUUCUUAGCCAGGGAGUAGAUUCUAACUACUGCGACAAGCAAGGAUUUACUUUGCUACAUUUGGCUGCGCUAUUUAACCAGACUGAGAUUGCUCUCAUUCUCAUGGAUAGUGGAGCAAAUAUUCAACGCAAAAAUGGGCAAGGGGAAACUCCUUUGGAUUGUGCCCCACCCAUGCUGCAGUACAAAAUGCGGCAGAGGGUGGAAGAGCUUGCUGCGUCACAGAGACCUGUAUGAGGGAGAUGGUACCUGUUUGGGCCUUUCUGCUGCCC